AACCAUUCUGUGAUUCUGUGAUCUGUUGUUCAAUCUAUAACCACAACCUGCCACAACUACAACAAAUCUGUUGCCUUUUUUUCUUUUUGAUUUAUUAGCAAAGAAACAUAGAUCAGAUCAGCCUGAUCUGGAGGAGAAUCCUUUUUUUACUUUUAAAUCCUGCUGAGUUAAAGCUGUCUUUUCCUAACGCAGACUGUAAAACCUUCAUUAAUAACCGAUUCGGCUCUCUUCAAAGCCAACACAGCAGUACGCAGACGAGUUCCAUUUUUGCAGACACCACGGAAAGGGAUUCCAAAGCUCUACGCUAAAAACUACAUUUGUUUGGUGGGUUUGGUUGGUGGUGGUUGUUGUGUUUUUCCUCCUCUCACACACGAGGGGCCAGAGGUGAGGGCACGCUCAGCCCGGUGCCGCCUCACAGCCCCCGUGGCAUCCCUGCCCGACCGCGGCACUCGCGCCCGGGAGUGACCCGCUCUGCGCAUGCGCGUCGGGCUCGGCGUGUGGUGAAGGAAGGGAGUUGCGAGCUCCGCCGGCGCCCUCAAAGGCGCAUCGCGCGCAUGCGCCUUGCGGGCGGCGCGGAGCCGCGCGCGCGCGCGGGAAGGGGCGGGGCGCUGGGCCCAGGAGCCGCUGCGCUGCGCCGCGCCGCGCCGGAGCCUCUUACCGGGGCGCCGAGGCCGUUCGCGCGUCCUCCCGCCGUGGGGCCUGGCUGGAGGAGUCGCCGCCAUGAAGCUGGUGAGGAAGGACCUGGAGAAGGACAACGCGGGGCAGGUGACGCUGAUCCCCGAGGAGCCCGAGGACAUGUGGCACACGUACAACUUGCUGCAGGUGGGCGACAGCCUGCGCGCCUCCACCAUCCGCAAGGUGCAGACAGAGUCGGCCACGGGCAGCGUGGGCAGCAGCCGCAUCCGCACCACCCUCACCCUCUGCGUGGAGGCCAUCGACUUCGACUCGCAGGCCUGUCAGCUGCGGGUGAAGGGCACCAACAUCCAGGAGAACGAGUACGUCAAGAUGGGCGCCUACCACACCAUCGAGCUGGAGCCCAACCGGCAGUUCACGCUGGCCAAGAAGCAGUGGGACAGCGUGGUGCUGGAGCGCAUCGAGCAGGCCUGCGACCCCGCCUGGAGCGCCGAUGUGGCGGCCGUGGUGAUGCAGGAAGGCUUGGCUCACGUCUGUCUGGUCACUCCGAGCAUGACGCUUACCCGCGCCAAGGUGGAGGUGAACAUCCCUCGCAAGCGGAAAGGGAACUGUAGUCAGCACGACCGGGCCCUGGAGAGGUUUUAUGAGCAGGUGGUGCAAGCCAUCCAACGGCACAUCAACUUUGAGGUGGUGAAGUGUGUGCUGGUGGCUAGCCCGGGCUUCGUGCGGGAGCAGUUUUGUGACUACAUGUUCCAGCAGGCAGUCAAAACUGACAACAAGCUUCUGCUGGAGAACAGGUCCAAGUUCCUACAGGUCCACUCUUCUUCGGGACAUAAAUAUGCAUUGAAGGAAGCCCUUUGCGACCCAGCUGUAGCUAGCCGUCUCUCUGACACUAAAGCGGCUGGUGAGGUCAAAGCUUUAGAUGACUUCUAUAAAAUGCUGCAGCAUGAACCUGACCGGGCUUUUUAUGGUCUGAAACAUGUGGAGAAAGCCAAUGAAGCCAUGGCCAUCGAUACCUUGCUGAUCAGUGAUGAGCUUUUCCGGCACCAGGAUGUGGCUACACGUGCCCGAUAUGUUAAAUUGGUAGAUAGUGUACGAGAGAACAUGGGCACAGUACGCAUUUUCUCCAGCCUUCAUGUGUCUGGAGAGCAGCUUGGCCAGCUGACAGGGGUGGCAGCCAUCCUGCGUUUUCCUGUUGCGGAGCUCUCUGACCAGGAGGAUGAAUCUAGCUCUGAAGAGGAUUGAUAACAGUGACUUCAUUCCACAGUUUCUUUUCCAAGUCAUGUUGAAAUGUCAUUAAAGGCCCUCCCUUCCUAAACACUGUGUGCAGACGUGCCAUGAAUGUAAUUUCAGGUUUUUGUAGUAUUUCUUACACUAUAUAGCUCUGCUCAGCAUGAUAAUGGAUGUCUGGUUGAUGGUAAUGAUUAUUGGUAUACUGUGCAUUGGAGCUGACAGUUCUUGCAAGUUACACCCUGGACCUCCAGCAAUACAAGAAACUACUUUGACUCCCCAAAGCUGCUCAUUCUGCGUGUUUAGGCAGACUGGCAGCUUAGUGUUUUGGAAUGUGUAUGAAAAGAUAAUAAACCAAGAGGGAGAAACCUAAGUCAGAAUCAUAGAAUGAUCUGGGUCAGAAGGGACCUUAAAGAUCGUGUAGUUCUAGGUGUCUAGACAGGGACACCUUCCACUAGAUCAGGUUGCUCAAAGUCUCAUCCAUCAUAGUCUUGAACACCUCUAGGGAUGGGGCAUCCAUGACUUCUGUGGGCAGCCUGUUCCAGUGCCUCACCACGGUCACAGUAAAAAAAGAAAAAAUUCUCCUUAAUAUCAAAUCUAAAUCUCCCCUCUUUCACCUUAAGACCAUUAUGUGUAUUCCUGUGACUGCACUCCCUGAUAAAGAGCCCUUUCUCCCUUUCCUGUAGGCCCCUAUUUCUGUUCAAAUGCUUGAAAACAGUAUGCAAAACCAAAUGUAAACAUCUUCCAGCAAGACCUAUCAAAAUUGCUUAAUCAUCUUGGGAACUCACUGUUUUUCCUAAGAUGUGGUGAAGGAGUGGGAUCAACAGCAUCUACUAGGGAAUGUUUUGGUGUUACAACUCUAACCACUUAUAUAUUUCUGUGAAAUGCUUGAAGCAAUCUUUCAGAAACCAAAGCCUUUGAAUGAACUAUUUCCUCCCUAGUAGAUGCAAGACUACUACAAGAUGUGAAGCUUAGUGCACCCAUUUCAGUUAUUUUUUGAAUGCUGUUAUCUUGAGAGAUUGUUCUGGAGGCUAAGUGAUUAUGAAGCAUCUUAUCAUUGAAUGUGUCCUGAUAAAUUGGCAUUGGGAUUAUUUAGCAGCCAGUUCUGAGAAGGUACAUGAACAGGUUUACUAAAUCAGGACCCUAGUUUCCAUUAGGAAUCUUUUAACCACAAAUAGUUUAACUAAAAUAACAAUUUGGUAUUUGUCUGUGUUUGCUUCUUUAAAAACAUGCAUAAACCUUACAGAAGUCAGGAUUACGAAUUUCUGAAUCAAACUUCAGCUGAAGGUAACAGCAACUGUAAAACUGUGUGACCUGCCUAAAGUAUUGAGAAGUGCUAUGAGUUUUGGUUUGUCAGUGGACAAUAAAUCUUAACUGAGGAAGCAGAAACUGCUUUCAGAGUCUCGACGUUUGUGAGCGGAUUGUUCAAUUUAAACCAAUAUUUCAUGGUGUAGGGUGUGUGUAAAUAAGCAUUCCUUUUUCAAAUGUGGCGGGAGGGGAAGACAGGGAAGACGCCUUUCGUAUAAGAAAACUGUGAAAGACUUAUGAAAUACAGAAAGGGUCCUAACAGUGGAAGGUAAACAUUAAAAACACCAGAACUUCUAGUGUGUGUAGAAUAAUCAUAGCAAAAGCAUUGUUAAUGGUACUCUCACGUUGAUGUGUGCCAGGGCCAUGAAUUUGAUCUUGCCUGUCGCUGGCUGAAACAUCAACCUAAAUGCUUUGAUAGAGAAGUACUUUGGGGUUAAAAACCAUCUUCCCUUUAGCUGUCAUCCACACAGGUGAAAUAAUGUAAAAACAGAACUCGCUUUAGAGCUGUACUUUAUUAAUACUUUUAUUCUUCUCUUACUGAAGACAAGCAAGCCCAUUAAGACAGUUCUUUAGAGUCAGCUUGCACAAAUAAAUAUGUUAUUUGAGCUUUACCUUUUUGUCUUGCACAACGUUGGGUGCUAUAAGUUACAGAAUAGUCAGGUAGCCUUCCUUCAGCAGUUAGGACUGGUUACAUUAAAAUUUCUUUUUUUUCCCUUUUAAAAAUCAGGCCAAGCUGAUUAUACCUUUUGUCAGCUAGAAAGCACCCCAUUCUCUGCUAUAUAUGGAGUUAAAUGUAAAGAACAUGUGAAAGAGGUAGGAGAAUCUGACCUUCAGGAAUUACUACUUACUGCAGCAAAUUAUAGCUUUAAACAGGGUCAUAAUGUCUAAACAAAGUCAUUAGAUUCUUGAAGAUAAGCUGUUAUAUUAGUAUUUGCCUUAUAAAAACUGCCAAUUUUUUUUGAUUGUUCAAAAACUAUAUUCAAAAUUUUAAUACGCUGGGAAAUUCUUAGUGUAAUUCUCAGCAAACUGAGAAACAAAUCAAACUGUUCCUUCUUUAUGGAAUGGUUUGCUAUUUUACUAGACCAAAUUGAUUCAAUUUAUUCCAUUUUAGACAAAUUAUCCACACAUUUUGCUGUGUAAUCUUUGUAAGAAGAUUAAAAUGGCAAUUCUGCAAAUCUGUGUUUUCUGUUUGUGGUGUAUCACCAACAGAAAGAAGCAGCCGUUUAGCUGCUUAUUUGGGUUUCUUUUAAUACAUAACAGCAAACAUCUGGUAAAAGAUGUGUUUGCUGUGGUUCUUUGAAUUAUUUAUACUUAGAAUUAAAAUUCUGCCCUGACUUUACAAUUUAUACUUUUCUUUUUUCACCUAUUGCUCUCAUUGCAUUAAGUCUCUGAAAGAAAUAUGCAUCCAGUUGUCCAAAAUAUGGAAGGGUGGGAUUUUUUUUUUUUGGUAAGCACUUUUGUAGUAAAACAAAUAUACAAUCACUAUGUAGACAAAUGCAUCCUGUUUCAGGAAACAGCUUAAGGAGCUGGUAUUGAAAGUAGUCUGUGUUCAGUAGUUGCAGAUGCUUGACCUGGCAAAGUUCCAGGGUUGCUUCUGCCUUUUACAUUCAAAGCAGUUUUGAGUAGUUGAAAAGUCCAUAUUGACAAAGGUCCAUGCUUAACGCAGACCUUAAUAUCUGUGUAGGUAACAUGCAGAAGAUGCAUGUUAUCUGCAGAUCAAAUGAUUAAGUGCUAGAGCCAUGGGAAGAUAUAUUUUGUCUUUUCUUUGGAACUAAACAUAUACGAACUAAACACUGUUGGUCAUAUGAAAUACUUCUUGCACAAUGAAGUAUUUAGUAAUUUUGAGUAGUCUCCAUUUAGUUUUUGAUUAUGUUCUGACACAAUUCUGUGAAUUAGUGGCGUGGUUUGUUUUCAAAAUAAAUGAAUACACAAUAUAUACACAAUAUUUCUGCUAGGCAGAAAGCUUUUAAAAGUAUGAAAUUAGCUUGAUCUUGAACGCUGCUGUGCUCUUAGCUUCAAAAAUUCACAUAAAUUGAUUAAUUUAUGUCAUAAAGUAUCUCUUGCAAAGGGUACUUUGGAGCAGGCCCCAGUUUGUUAGUUUUGUUGCCAUUGGCAUUUAAAAACAGUUAUUAUUAUAUAAAUUCCUUUGUGCUUGUGUACCAAAUAAAGUUUGGUGCAAAACGUGAGGUCACCACCAACAAGAGCCAAAUAUUCCUACUAGUUAUAAAGCAAAACAAAAGAUAAAUCUUGCAGUGCAACUGUAGAGUAUUUACAGUGUUUGACCUAGAGAAUUCCUCACCUCCUUUCCUGUCUUCGCCCUCAAGCACUAUAUGAGUGAAAUGCUGGUAAUAAAUGAUCUUUUGACCAGUCCUCGGCUACCAGUGUAACCAAGAGCCCAUAGCUCUUCAGCUUAAUUUGUGAUGUAAUUAGCAUUAUGUUUUUAAAGCCAUAUCAAUAUCUGAAGUAAUUUUCAUUUGCCACUGUUUUCUCAAAGGUUAAGUAGCCCUAAAUGUUAGGACUGUAUUAGCCUUUGAAAAUUCCUUAGUUCAGCUUUUGAGCUACUGACCUUGGUUUUCCUAUUUUUAUGAAGGCGUAUUAUAGCUACUUUCUCAAUUGACUGAGUUAUAGUUUGAGCCUCUCUAAUUUCUUCCUGGAAGUGAGAUUAUCUACCCAGAGAGUGUGUUCAAUUUCAUAACGGCAAAGUAGGGAUAAAAAGUGUAAUUGUGUGCAUGUGAUCUUUUUUAGUGAUCCAGUUCAUUCAUUUUUCUGUCAGAUUUUCCUACCUCUCUUUUUAAAGAAAACAAGCCUGUUUCAUAAAGGAAUAGAUGUCUAGUUUUGAAGAAAAAAAAAAACCAAAACGUAUUUUCAGAAUGUUUAUGCUGUUUUAUAUGAAGCCACAUCUAUGCAAUGUGUGGUCUGGUGCUUCUACAAUAUAUCUGAGAAAGCGAUUUUUAAAAUGUGAAACUGCAGUUAGUAGGUCUGCCAUUAGGAAUCCUAGUUUAUAAAUGAAAAUGGGAAUUCCUGUAAGACAAAAAAAUAACAAAAAAAUGAAGUAACAACUUUGGAAAACUACUUACUUUUGUACUUCCUACAUAUAGCAAAACUUCAAACUGGAUUUUUUUUUAUUGCUCUCUGAUAUACCAGUUGCUUCUAUCAGUUUUGGGUUUUGGUUUUUUUUUUAGAAAAAAGGUUUCUUUUGAAAUUAAGUUCUUAAAAUGUAGAGCGAGGUGCCCCUGAGGUGGUUUAGGCUGAUGACUGUUAAAGAAAAAAGAAGUUUCUUGUUCUUCGGGCUGUGCUAAUGUGGAGAAUGUUACAGAUCUGGGAAUCCUGUUCUCAGUCAUUGUUAAAUGCACAGGCCUACAACUUGUUACGAAGUAAAUGAUAAAAGGUUUGAUACUCUUAGGAUUUCUAAGUUUUGUUUUGAUUUAGCAGGUGGUGGGAACAGAAGACAGACAUGGCGUUGUGGAUGAUUUUACAGAAUCUGUUUCUCAUGCAAUGGCUGCAAUUUGAUUUUAGAGACUUGUAUUCAGAUUUCAUAUAGGAAAAUAAUAUUUUGCGAACUCAUUAUUCUGCUAAUAUAGAUUUUUU